AACAAAAGUUUCAAUUUCCAACAGGGUUUUUGAUGAUUUAUAAGAAAUUAAGAGGUAAUUUCAGAUUAUUUACGAUACAAAAUGGUAAUAAAGCUUAUUCAAAUUGAUUGCGAGGAUCCUGCUAAAAUUACGCUUUCCUCAGGCGAACAUUUAUUCGGCAGAGGAAAGCUACUUGGGUGUGAUGAUAAGAGGAUAUCAAGGAACCAUGGAGAAUUGCGUGUUUUAGAAGACCAUAUUGAAAUAAAAGCACUUCACCAAAAUCCAUGUUUCUACACAAAGAAAGGUUCGGAAGAGAAAGAGAUACUAAAAAAAGAUUCAGUGAUAAAUCUCUCAAACGGGGACAGAUUCGGACUGUUACCGGAUGCAUUCUGGUAUGAAGUCGUAAAAUGCAUCAAUGGAUCUCAAGCAACAGUUAAAGAGGAUGCAAACACAGAGGAGUAUAUUGAACAAACUCUUAAUCCUGAUGAGACAAGAAAUGACAAUGCAGAAUCACCUUCUAUUAUACCAAAUGCAAGUGACACUGUCUUAAACACUAAUAACUCUUCAGUGCAAAGUAAUUUAAGCAAUAAUGAUUCUGAAACAACUAAAGUAACAGUCAAAAGAACCCACAGUAUUGAACAGAGUGACAGUAUUAUAGAGAACAAUAAAAAAUUCAAAACAGAUUCUGUAGAGGUUAAAGACGAUUUGGAAAUUGGACCCACAGUGGUGCAAACCGCACCCACAGGAUUGCAAGCAGCAACCACUGAGGGGCAAAUUGAUGCUACAAUUGUGAAGACUGAACCAGUAGAGGUGAAAACUGAACCUACACAAGAUACAAGCUCAGAAAAUAAUGAUACAGAGGCUGCCAAUGUUAAACAAGAAUCUAACGAUGCAGUGGGACCUAGUGGCAAUCAAGCCAAUAAUGAUGGUGCAGUGAAUAACAAUGCAAGAACACCAAGGGAGAGAUGUAUGUAUGGAGCCAACUGUUACAGACGGAAUCCAGCCCACUUCACGCAGUUCAGUCAUCCAAACGAUGCUGACUGGGGUGCAGGGGUGCAGGCGCCAUGUCCGUUCGGCGCCGCGUGCGGUCGCCGCGACCCGCGACACUACCGCGACCACACACACCCGCCGGGACACCGCCCGCCGCCGCCACCAGGUAAAAUAAGAAAACGUCGCGGCAGUAGCUAUAGUCCGCCACCCGGUGUGCUGGUGAGGAUACAGCCUAAACGACGUCGACGGAACCCAAGCUCGUGCAGUGGCACCCCUUAUUCGUCAGAGGACACUGAGACAUCAGAGGAAGAAUGUAAUAACGAAGCAGAAGCGGGUAAGAGGGAAUGGAGAGGCAGCAGCUACAGUCCCCCGCCGGGUGUGAUCGUCCGACUGAGGAGGAAGCACCUGCGACGUUUCGAGAAUUACGAGUUUGAUGACGAGUCCGAUGAAUUUGAUCCAUUUGAUACUGACGGAUCUGACGAGUGGGAACCAGAAAAGUAAUCUCAAAAUUACUUGGUUUAUGUUAUAAACAUUUUUUAUCUUCAUGUUUAAAGUCUUGUUUCUCAGUCAAUUUGCUUUAAUAUUUUUCUAUUUCUACGAGAAAUGAUUUACACUGGGCGUAAAUACACUGUAGUGUUGAUAUGGCUACAAUUUUUAUUACUUGUUUAUUAAUUGUAUGAGCUAAGCCAUACCACAUAAUACAAUAUACUGCUGUACGUGUCUCUUGGUCCCUCACUAAUAAGUCCCCGGGUUGCACUAGUAAAACCAAUAGGUGAUAUUAAACUUGGCCUUUAUUUAUCCCAAACUAACACCCGUUCAUUCAGACAAGGCCUCACGCAGUGACUGCCCGUCGUCUCUAGCAUACAUCGCCUCCCAGACACAAAACUGCUGACACUCGCACAUUCACACAUACAUGGUCCCUACACUGCAAUGGCCAAUGGAACGCUGCAGUUACGCCUAGUGCGGUCCAGCAGUGUAAUAUUCAUUUUAGUGAGUAAAAAUAAAAGCUUUUGUAAAACAUU